GACAACAAAAACUUGCUUGAUGCCAUACGACAGGAGCAAUUCUGUCUUGGCGUAUUGCGGCAUUGGCCUUGUUGCUUCGAUCCUCGGAGAGUUGGCAGCUGGGGUAUGGCGUGUGCCAGUCGAUCUUGUGAAGCAGCGUCAGCAAGCUGGCGGUGGACAAACAUUGAGUUCAGUUUUCCAGGGUGUCCGCAGCACCCAAACGUCAAUUUUCGUGGCAUCGCUUCAGGCAUCGUUGAUGCGAGACGUCACCCACAGCAGCUUGCAGUUUCCAAUGUACGAGUACUUGAAGCUGGCGUCUGCUAAUCUUCAUGGCGUCUCGAAGGAUGCAUUGCCGACCUGGCAGGCAGCAUCUUGCGGGACGGUAGCUGGAGUAGUAUCUGCGUUUCUUUCGACGCCUUUGGAUGUGCUGCGCACACGGUUGAACUUACGGGAGGACCAGUGCACUGGCGCUGCGAAGAAGAAAGCCACACAUCUGGUGCAGGAGGAGGCCAUGCUGGUCUACAGUGAGCGUGGGUUUAGAGGCUUCUUUGCCGGCUGUACCUGCAGGGCAGCAUGGAUGGGGCUUGGAGGUUUCAUUUUUCUUGGGAGCUUCGAACUCGCUAAGAAGAGUUUGGUUUCUACGGAGGAGGACGGCUCCAGGAAGCAGCCGCAGGUGAGCCCGACACAGGCCCCAGGCAUGCUUCAGCCACCGACGGCAGAAGCUGAGCCAGUGUCAGCACCUGGCCAUCGGCAGCUGGGUCUGGAACCGCCCGCGAUGGUGUCCUUUUCAUCAGGGCUGUUGGCAGGUGUCGCAGUUGAUGUGCCUUUACAUCCGCUGGACACUCUCAAAACACGAAUGCAGUCCACUGACGGGUUCUGGGCUUCGGGUGGCUACCGCAACCUGUGGAGUGGGCUGAGUGCAGUGCUCCUGGUGUCACUGCCUGGCAGUGCGUUAUUCUUCCUGAUCUACGAAUCUGCACGGCACUUCGUGGAGCGGCGGAUUCCAGCAGCAGUUCACGACAAUACCCUGGCGAUAGCUCGUGAUGCAGUUGCUGCAUCGGUGGCCGAUGUGAGUGCAUGUAUUGUGCGAGUCCCGUGUGAAGUGCUCAAGCAACGAAUGCAAGCUUUGGGCCCCAGUGGUGUUUCCUUGAGUUUCUCGCAGACUGUCACCAGUGUUCAUGCGGAAGGUUUGCGUGGUUUCUUUGCAGGGUUUGGAGCCACAGCCAUGCGUGAAGUGCCCUUUGCGCUGAUCCAGAUGCCGCUCUUCGAGGAGCUGAAACAUCACCACCCAUGGGCGCGCACAUCUCAAGAAGACGGCAACAACUACAGACAAGGCCUGAUUGGUAUGCAUUGUGGCUCCGUAGCUGGUGGCUUCGCCGGUGUGGCGACCACGCCACUGGACGCAGCGAAAACUCGGAUCAUGCUGACAGAAGAUCCUGGACGUCGACUAGGUCUCUGGUGCACCAUGCGUGCUAUUUGUCAGGAGAACGGAAUGUCCGGGCUUUUCCGUGGAGCUCUGCCGAGGGCUUUGCACUCAGGCUUGGGCGGCGCCUUGUGGCUCGGUGCCUUCGAGUGGUCGAAGCUGCUGCUUUGGGUUUAG